CCGGGGGUCUUACACUGUCACUGAGGCUAAAGUGCAAUGGCACGAUCAUGGCUCACUGCAGCCUUGACCUCCUGGGCUCAAUCCUCUUGCCUCAGCCUCUCGAAUAACUAGGAUUACAGGUGUGUUCCCCCAUGCCUGGCUAAUUUUUAAAAAUUUUGUGUAGAGAUGGGGUCAUGCCAUGUGGCCCAGGCUGGUUCAAACUCCUGAGCUCAAGUAUCCUUCUACCUCUCCCUCCCAAAGUUCUGAGAUUACAGGAAUGAGCCACUGUGCCCAGCCUACGGAUUGUUUUUCUUGAAGCAAUUUUUCAGAAACCUUCCUGGUUUCUGAUAAUUUAACCCUUUCAGGUUAGGAGAGAAAAAUGAACAUUUUGAUAUUACCCACUGUCUUAGUCCAUUUGUGUUGCUGUAAUAAAAUACCACAGACUGGGAUAUUUAUAAACAAUAGAAAUUAAUUUCUCUCAGUUCUGGAGGCUGGAAACUCCAAAAUCAAAGUGCCAGCAGAUUUGGCAACUGGUGAGGGCUGCUCUUUGCUUACAAGAUGGCACCUUGUUGCUGCAUCCUCAGCAAGGGUCAGUGCUGUGUCUUCACAUAGUGGAAAGAAUAGAAGGGGCAAACUGUCUCCUUUGGGCCUUUUUUUUAAAAGGCACUAAUGCAUUCACAAAGGCAGAGCACUAAUGGUCUAAUCACCACUUAAAGGCACCUCCUCUUAAUACUGUUGAAUUAGCGAUUAAGUUUCAACAUGAAUUUUGGAGGGAAUACAAACAUUGAAAUGAUUAUACGUGUUUAUUUAAUCAAGUAUCCAACGAAAGCAAAUAAUUCAAGCCCCAAAUUCACUGCAUCUUUAGUAGAUAAGCAGAGUUUUAAAUUACGAUUGAUCUCCUGUUAGGAGGAAUGCAUGGAUUUCCACAAGAAAAAACAGUACUGAGGAGAAACUUUCCACAGUAAUGUGCCACUUUUCAGUCAACGACAGAGCACAUAUAUGAGUCCCAUAAGAUAAUACUAUAUUUUUACUGUACCUUUUCUAUGUUUAGAUAUGUUUAGACACACAAAUAUCAUUGCAUUACAAUUGCCUACAGUAUUCAGUACAGUAAUAUGCUGUAUAGAUUUGUGGUCUAGGAGCAAUAGCCUAAGUGUGUAGUAGGCUGAGCCAUCUAUUUUGUGUUAGUACACUGUGAUGUUCAGAGAAGGAUGAAAUUGCCUAAGGAUACAUUUCUCAGAACGUAUCCUGUUGUUCGGUGACGCAUGACUGUAUUCCAUGAGCACUAUAAUCACUAUCAUAGUAACACAUUAGGAGAGAAUUCUCAUUUCUAAAUCCAAUAUAAUUUAUCACCCAUUAGUUCAUACUCUACUGCUUUGAUUGCUUUUCUUUGGUUGUGGCUACCUGCGUACAGCAGUAAAGUUUCAGAAAAACUGAAGUCGCAAAAGGUCAAUUACUCAAUGAAGGAAAGAUAAACCAUUGCAUUGGGGGACUAGAAGAUACUUUUAAAAGUUCUCAGAUUAUCAAUUUAAUGAUGUGUUUCUAUGUAGUGAAUAAUGCCUUACAUUCUUGCCAAGAGUAUUUAGAAGGAAGUUUGUCAGAAGUAUAUCAGCUAACUCAUUUUUUUUUUGUAUAUCACUGCUAAUGGUGUCAUUCACACAUUGUGCAACCCAUAAUUCCAGAUUUAAUUCUACCAAAAAAUAUAGGUCAUUGCAAAAUGCCAUAUUAAAACUGCCAAUGCAUGACAGGAAGAUGGGGAUGCAGACAAAGCAAAGGAUGACACCAAUUCCUUUUUUAAAGAAGCAAGAUAGGGAUUGGACAAAAAGGCUGAGCCAUUUUUAAUGGAUACUUUUGAGGGAGUGUUAAUUCCAAUUUAAUUAAAAUGAUGCAUUAAUUUAAAAUUGGGCUAACUGGUUGCCCUCGACUGCACCUGGGUUGCGCCAGUGCUCUCGGAUUAACCUAAUUGUACAGAGGUGCCCUUGUUUUCUAACUUCAUGCACAAAGCAUUGGAAAUUAUUUGUUUGCUUUUUCUUUUCCAAGAAAAUCUUUUUCCAGUUAUGCAAAAGGGAAGUUUGAGGCAAUGGUUAAAGGCACUUAAGUUAUAAUUAUUGCUGUUAUCAUUAACAUUAAGCACGGGUAUGGCUUUGUUGCAAGUUACCCACCUACACCUGCAAAUCUCUCUUGCUAGCACACGCCCCAGCUCUCUCCACCCGCGGUGGUCCGUGGCUGGACCGCUUUAAGUCACUGAGCGGGCUGGGCUCUGAAGGAGGUCGGUCCCGCUCCUCCCAGACCCAAGCGCAGGGCUAGGGAAAAGCUAGGCGGGAAGGUCAUUGCACUCCCAGGCCCCAGGAAAAGGGCCCAGGGUCUCACCAUCUCUUACUUUCGGGCAAAACUUCCCACAUCGCGACCUUCCCUCCCUGGGGCACUCUGAGAACACACCCAGACACCUAGCGCGCUCCCCAGAAGUCGGCUUGGCACACAGCGCACCCCAGCGGCCGCGUGUCCUCCUUCCAGCCGCCGCCACUUGGCUUCCGGAGAGCUCGCCGGGCGCCGCCGCUGCCGCCGCCUCCUGGGAACCGGGGGACUGAAGAGCCUGCGAGAGCCGAACACUGCCGGACCCCGGGUGGGGGGGGGCGCGGCAGCUGCGCCUGGCCCCGCCCACCACACCUGGGCGCCCGUAGAACCGCGCGGGGCGGGGCGGGGCAGGAGGCUGGCCUGGCGCUCCGGCCGCUUUGCCGAAAGCCGGCCCGACUGGAGCAGGACGAAGGGGGAGGGUCUCGAGGCCGAGUCCUCUUCUUCUGAGGGAGGGACCCCAGCUGGGGUGGAAAAGCAGUACCAGAGAGCCUCCGAGGCGCGCAGUGCCAACCAUGGAGCGGGCCCGCCCCAGCUUCGGGCAGCAGCGACAGCAGCAGCAGCCCCAGCAGCAGAAGCAGCAGCAGAGGGAUCAGGACUCGGUCGAAGCAUGGCUGGACGAUCACUGGGACUUUACCUUCUCAUACUUUGUUAGAAAAGCCACCAGAGAAAUGGUCAAUGCAUGGUUUGCUGAGAGAGUUCACACCAUCCCUGUGUGCAAGGAAGGUAUCAGAGGCCACACCGAAUCUUGCUCUUGUCCCUUGCAGCAGAGUCCUCGUGCAGAUAACAGUGCCCCUGGAACACCAACCAGGAAAAUCUCUGCCUCUGAAUUUGACCGGCCUCUUAGACCCAUUGUUGUCAAGGAUUCUGAGGGAACUGUGAGCUUCCUCUCUGACUCAGAAAAGAAGGAACAGAUGCCUCUAACCCCUCCAAGGUUUGAUCAUGAUGAAGGGGACCAGUGCUCAAGACUCUUGGAAUUAGUGAAGGAUAUUUCUAGUCAUUUGGAUGUCACAGCCUUAUGUCACAAAAUUUUCUUGCAUAUCCAUGGACUGAUAUCUGCUGACCGCUAUUCCCUGUUCCUUGUCUGUGAAGACAGCUCCAACGACAAGUUUCUUAUCAGCCGCCUCUUUGAUGUUGCUGAAGGUUCAACACUGGAAGAAGCUUCAAAUAACUGUAUCCGCUUAGAAUGGAACAAAGGCAUUGUGGGACAUGUGGCAGCACUUGGUGAGCCCUUGAACAUCAAAGAUGCAUAUGAGGAUCCUCGGUUCAAUGCAGAAGUUGACCAAAUUACAGGCUACAAGACACAAAGCAUUCUUUGUAUGCCAAUUAAGAAUCAUAGAGAAGAGGUUGUUGGUGUAGCCCAGGCCAUCAACAAGAAAUCAGGAAACGGUGGGACAUUUACUGAAAAAGAUGAAAAGGACUUUGCUGCUUAUUUGGCAUUUUGUGGUAUUGUUCUUCAUAAUGCUCAGCUCUAUGAGACUUCACUGCUGGAGAACAAGAGAAAUCAGGUGCUGCUUGACCUUGCUAGUUUAAUUUUUGAAGAACAGCAAUCAUUAGAAGUAAUUUUGAAGAAAAUAGCUGCCACUAUUAUCUCUUUCAUGCAAGUGCAGAAAUGCACCAUUUUCAUAGUGGAUGAAGAUUGCUCCGAUUCUUUUUCUAGUGUGUUUCACAUGGAGUGUGAGGAAUUAGAAAAAUCAUCUGAUACAUUAACAAGGGAACAUGAUGCAAACAAAAUCAAUUACAUGUAUGCUCAGUAUGUCAAAAAUACUAUGGAACCACUUAAUAUCCCAGAUGUCAGUAAGGAUAAAAGAUUUCCCUGGACAACUGAAAAUACAGGAAAUGUAAACCAGCAGUGCAUUAGAAGUUUGCUUUGUACACCUAUAAAAAAUGGAAAGAAGAAUAAAGUUAUAGGGGUUUGCCAACUUGUUAAUAAGAUGGAGGAGAAUACUGGCAAGGUUAAGCCUUUCAACCGAAAUGACGAACAGUUUCUGGAAGCUUUUGUCAUCUUUUGUGGCUUGGGGAUCCAGAACACACAGAUGUAUGAAGCAGUGGAGAGAGCCAUGGCCAAGCAAAUGGUCACAUUGGAGGUUCUGUCGUAUCAUGCUUCAGCAGCAGAGGAAGAAACAAGAGAGCUACAGUCGUUAGCGGCUGCUGUGGUGCCAUCUGCCCAGACCCUUAAAAUUACUGACUUUAGCUUCAGUGACUUUGAGCUGUCUGAUCUGGAAACAGCACUGUGUACAAUUCGGAUGUUUACUGACCUCAACCUUGUGCAGAACUUCCAGAUGAAACAUGAGGUUCUUUGCAGAUGGAUUUUAAGUGUUAAGAAGAAUUAUCGGAAGAAUGUUGCCUAUCAUAAUUGGAGACAUGCCUUUAAUACAGCUCAGUGCAUGUUUGCUGCUCUAAAAGCAGGCAAAAUUCAGAAGAAGCUGACUGACCUGGAGAUACUUGCAUUGCUGAUUGCUGCACUAAGCCACGAUUUGGAUCACCGUGGUGUGAAUAACUCUUACAUACAGCGAAGUGAACAUCCACUUGCCCAGCUUUACUGCCAUUCAAUCAUGGAACACCAUCAUUUUGACCAGUGCCUGAUGAUUCUUAAUAGUCCAGGCAAUCAGAUUCUCAGUGGCCUCUCCAUUGAAGAAUAUAAGACCACGUUGAAAAUAAUCAAGCAAGCUAUUUUAGCUACAGACCUAGCACUGUACAUUAAGAGGCGAGGAGAAUUUUUUGAACUUAUAAGAAAAAAUCAAUUCAAUUUGGAAGAUCCUCAUCAAAAGGAGUUGUUUUUGGCAAUGCUGAUGACAGCUUGUGAUCUUUCUGCAAUUACAAAACCCUGGCCUAUUCAACAACGGAUAGCAGAACUUGUAGCAACUGAAUUUUUUGAUCAAGGAGACAGAGAGAGAAAAGAACUCAACAUAGAACCCACUGAUCUAAUGAACAGGGAGAAGAAAAACAAAAUCCCAAGUAUGCAAGUUGGGUUCAUAGAUGCCAUCUGCUUGCAACUGUAUGAGGCCCUGACCCACGUGUCAGAGGACUGUUUCCCUUUGCUAGAUGGCUGCAGAAAGAACAGGCAGAAAUGGCAGGCCCUUGCAGAACAGCAGGAGAAGAUGCUGAUUAAUGGGGAAAGCGGCCAGGCCAAGCGGAACUGAGUGGCCUAUUUCAUGCAGAGUUGAAGUUUACAGAGAUGGUGUGUUCUGCAAUAUGCCUAGUUUCUUACACACUGUCUGUAUAGUGUCUGUAUUUGGUAUAUACUUUGCCACUGCUGUAUUUUUAUUUUUGCACAACUUUUGAGAGUAUAGCAUGAAUGUUUUUAGAGGACUAUUACAUAUUUUUUGUAUAUUUGUUUUAUGCUACUGAACUGAAAGGAUCAACAACAUCCACUGUUAGCACAUUGAUAAAAGCAUUGUUUGUGAUAUUUCGUGUACUGCAAAGUGUAAGCAGUAUUCUUGCACUGAGGUUUUUUUGCUUGGGGAUUAUUUUAAAUAAUUGGUUUUUGUGUUUUCUGAAUUACCAUUUUUUCAAGAAUGUUUGGAAUCUUUCCUUUUUCAAAAGUAGGUUAGGAGCAAAUUAUCAUACAUUCUGUGACAUUUAAAGCCUUUAUAGGAUAGUGAAAAAUGCUGGCUGAGUGGAUUUUAAGAGAAAUAAUUGUAUUUGUUAACAGUGUCUUUUUUAAAAAAGUUAAGGCACUCUGAAACAAAUGGAAAGUCCUAUGAAACUGUAUUGUAAAGAAAACAUUAUUUAAUUGAUUUGCUGUUUUGUGAGAGAACAGGCAAGACAGAACUUUGUCACUUCAGUGCAGUACAUUUUUCUGAAAGCUACCCAUAAAAUCACUUUCAUCUCACCUACCUGAUGCAAAGCAGGUGAAACCUUAGGAGAUGAUCCAGUCACUGACUUGAUUGAGGGAUAAGUGUGAUCUAGAAAUGGAAUGGCCUUGGAUGUCUAUCAGUGAAGAAAAAUGUUCUGUUAGAAGAUCUCUCUAAGAGUUUUUUUUCCUUCUGAGCUUCCUUUUCAAAAUAAAAGUGACAAUUGUAGCAUUGACUUGAAGUGAGACAUGAUUAUAGAUAAGAGAGUACAAAAUGACUCUUUUUCCUGUCAAUUGAAAUUUAAAGAAAAGUUUUAAUUAUAUAAAUAGCAAAGGGCUAUUGCCAAUACUAGGGUCAAAAAUGAAUUUGAGGGAACAGUGGGUAAGAAACUUUAUGCCUGAAUAACAUUUAGCAGUAUUGUGAUUGAAAAAUUGCCAUAUUUUGAUGUAUAGGACAAGUCAACUGAGAUCCAGAGAAUCCUGGAUGUGAAUGCUAAACACUGGCCCUUAACUCACAUUCAAUGUAUUUUCUUCCCAUAACAUUUAGUAUAGUUAAUAUUUUCUUAGAAUUUGAGCCCAUUUAAGUGGAUUAAUAUUCUACAUGUGUGCCCCUAAAGACACAUUUACUCAAUAUUGGAGAAGUAGAUAAUGAAUUAAGCAACUGGUCUAGGAAAGGAAAAUUUGUUUCAAAUAUGCAGGAAUGUUUGGAUUUGGGGAGAGUAGAAGGAGAGAUUUGCUUGAUUUGUUAACUUCUACCUCCAACCCACAAAAAAGAUAUUUGAUCUGAGUUUCUAUCACUAAUUUGGAUAGAAAAUUUCUAAGGGACAUGGUAAUCCAGCAUUCUCAAGGACCUUUCACCAAAAUGUGUUUUCCAUCUAUGUCCCGAUUCCCCCAAAUUUUGCCUAAAAUUCAGUAUGUUCCUUAAGUUUUUAAAAUUCUGAGUGUGUACAAAUAUCUUGACAUAAUGCAGUUUUAUUUUUAUCAUUCUGGUAAAAAAACAAAAAAUAGAAGCAAAACACAUUGUAUUGCCAUUAUUUUGUAUUUGGUAAAGGUUAAUCUAGGAAGUUACCAACUGUUUAAUGCUAUAUGUAUUGUAUACUUGUAUUUUCAGGAUAUUUUAUUUUUUUUGCCAUGCAGAUAAAAUUUGUAAGGUUGCCCCUUUGUGGCACUGGUGUGUAAAAUACACAGACUAUCACUAAAAUAAUAGUUAUAUAUACAUAUAGGUGUAUACUUAUGCAUGCAUACAUAAAUCCUUAGUAUAGAAAAAUUGCAUAAAGAAUAGCAAUCUUUAAUAAACCUUUUUAUUACAUUGUGAUUUAGCAGUUAUGCUAAAAUAUGUACUUAUGCUUUAGUAGUUUGUUUGGUCCCCUCUAGUAUGUGUCAUUGAGAAAUUUUUUAAAGACAUGGUAGAUCAUGUUUAGAGGCUUUGUAUGUGUGUCAUUUUAAUAAGCAAGAAGAUAUAUUUAGAUUAGAAAUGGUUUGGUCUGCCUUUGAAUAUUGUUUAUUUUACUUUACUAGUUGAGACAUUAAAGGAAGCUGGGCAAUGCCUAUUUUAUUUCUUUGUUGGAUAUUUUAGUUCAUACAAAGCAGAGUACUUCUUUAGGGCUGAUUAAUUGGUUCAAAUAAUUUUUAAUUUCCUUUCUAGUAUCUUCUCAAGUUGGAAAAAUAUACAUACAGUCCUCCUUCACCUUACUCUGUAUUUAUAUUACCCAUAACUAGCAAGAAGUUCUUGUUCUAGAUUUUUUGUUUGUUUAGUUAUAACAGAGUAACAUACCAUUUAAUUACAAUUUUUAGCCAGAAAAGUCCCCAUAUUUUACUAACUUGUUAAAAGAUAUCUAUAUAAUUGCCUGGCCUUAUAUUUUUCAGUAGAUUAGACCAUGCCAAUCACAAUCCUGGGUGGAUUUGUGUAAGUCACUUAACCUCUGUGUGCCUAAACAAGUUGUGCUUUUUUAAAAGGAGUUAUGUUUGGGCAAAGCCUUUGUCUUCAAGCAGAAUGUCACAGAAGGCAGCUACUUUAUAAGCCCCAGUGGGCCAUGGAGACCACUGUCAGAAAUGGGAUAUUAGUCUAGAGAGAAGGUGAUCUAUUCCCACAUGUCAUUUCUAAUGUUGAGUUUCCAAGACUGAACAAAGAGAAUAUAUUUAUUCAGCUUCACUUGCAGAUCACUAGUGAAUGUGAGAUUUAGAGCUCAUUGAGUAUAUUGCUUCAAGGUACAAACCCAGGAUGAUGAUGUUGUCACCACUGUCUCUUAAUUUUGAAUAAUAGUUUCCUUUAAUAGGAGUAUUAGAGAUAAGAAAGUAUAUGAAAAUAUACUGGAAAUAUUGGAUUCUUGGAGAAAACUGUUCAGUCACAGAUAUAUUCUUGCCUAGCAGUGAAGUGCCUUUAUUUUCAGCAUAGCAAAUAAAUAUUAGACCUGUUCCAAUUUGAUCUACAAUUUUUUUCUGUGUUUUUCACCAGAUUGUACUCCUAAAACUUAACAGGCCAUCACAAGCAAUUGUCUUUUGUUUACAAGAUUGAUUUAAUAUGAGAGGAUACAAAAUGUCAUCGUUAUCCUCUCUUAUGAACAACUGUAGUCAAAAUAAGGUGGCACAAUUUAAUUGUUUUGUAUCAGAAAUACAUUGACCCACCUUUUAUUGAGUCCUGCCACAUGUUAGGUACCGUGCUCUGCUGUGGAGACAGAGCAGUGACCCCAAGGACCUCACGGUCCCUGAAGGAGGUGCUAGAGAAGAGACUUAGCUUCUGAUACUGCCGAUUUAAUGUGAGAACAUGGGGUAUACUGCAUCAUUUCCAUUUUCAUCAAUAACAUAUGUUUUAUGCACCUUCUUUACCUGAAACUUACUAAGAAUCUACCAGUGAACAAACAUCCUGUCUUUUUGCAAGUAUGAAUCACUUAACCUGCUGAUAGUUGAAGAACACUUUAGGAGUUUUGUAUUCUUGUAUAUAGUUUAUUUUUUCCAUGUGCUAGCCAGGUAAAGAUUACACAGUUCUUCUGGACUGUUAAAUUGUGCAUGGUUUUGGACCCCUUCUGCUCUACUACAGAGAGUGAAGAAGAAAGUAUUAAAGCUCACUUUACCAUUCCAUAUACUUACUAAAAGCCUGUGUAAACAUGUCUUAAUGAAUGUUGUUGAAAGCAAUGUAAAUAGUUGAAAAUAUAAAUUUAUAUUACAGUUUAAGAAAAGAAAACCUUAUGAGGCAUCACUAGCCACUGUUAAUAUCUAUUUGUAUUCUUAAACCUUUUCAAUAUAUUUGAACAAAUAUAGUUUCUGGCACUAUUUUUAUACUAGGAAAAGGAGUUACUAUGUAUAUUAUGCUUAGCUUUUAAGGCAUUUUAAAUAACCAUGAAUGUUGAUUUCAUUACUUUCCUUUCCUCCAUCACGAGAGUCAUUUCAAAUGACUCUUUCAUGACAAAAUCACUUUAAAGGAACACUUACCUCCGAUUCCUGUAUAAAGUCAUGAGAUGGUCAAGGUGGUUUUCCAUUGUGCAAAUUCUUCACCUGUCAGUGGUUUCCUCAUUUUGCCAUGCUUUGUAAAAAUAAAAAGAAUGAUCAAGUAGGUA